UGGACGAAUGCAGCUAGCCCGCAUCUUGCUUCUCUGCUCUUUAUUUGACAACAGUAGCGGGUUAUGGUUUUGGAGUAGGAGAAGAAGACGUGGUUGCAGUGCGAUUAACUGUGCAGUCAACAACUGGUCGUCUUGGUCAAAUUGCGGUGCGGAUUGUGGUACGCGUGGCUAUCAAAACCGGUACCGUUCCUUGUAUCGAGCUGCUAGCUGCGGAGGAUCAUGCAACACUAACAAUAAUGUAGAGUCUCGAUUGUGCAACGGGCCGUGUUGUCAAGUCAAUUGUCUGUUGAACAAUUGGAGCAGAUGGUCGGGCUGUAACGGAUGUGGAUACUCUACGCAAUACCGCUUUCGUUAUGUGGCAAGGAGUGCAUCUUGUGGAGGCAGUGGCUGCUCAAAUUAUCGACGUGACUCGAAACGUUGCCACACCGGUCGCUGUUGUGCCAUUAACUGCAUUAGUAAAUUAUUUCCAUGUGAAUUUGUUGUGUCAUAAAAAUUCAUAUACAGAUGUUUGGUCGUUUGAUAGCAAACAAUUGGAGCAGCUGGGGAUCGUGUAGUGGCUCUUGCGGAUCGUACGGUCUUCAAUACCGUCAGAGGAGCGUCAGGCUAGUUGAAUCAAGGCUUUGAUUAGCAAAUUGUGAUCGAAUUGUGGUCGUUCUAUAGCCGGCAGAGUCAGUGCGGAGGAAAAUACUGCGGCAAUUUGUUAGGGUCGCGAAGUUGUAGAGCCGACUGCUGCCGCUCUAAUUGCGCCGUGUCAGGAUGGUCCGUCUGGAGUACCUGCAGCAGUUCGUGUGGCAAAGGGCAGAGAAGUAGGUCGCGGUCUGUUCUGAGUCAGCCCAGUUGCGGUGGCAGUGCUUGCCCGAGCAGUAGGGAGUCUCAGUCUUGCUAUCGAUACAUCAACCGCGAUUGUCAGGUAAACUCAUGGAGCAGUUACGGUUUGUGCCUGCCGACGAACGGUAACUGCGGUAGUGGCAUCCAGUACAGAUACAGAAGUGUGCGAGUCACGCAGCAAUGUAGAGGAAACGGUUGUCCAUCUUUGUCUCAAUCCAAAAUCUGUUACGCUGGGUGUUGCCCCAUAAAUUGUCAAGUUGGCAUGUGGAGCAGCUGGGGAUCUUGCCCGGCAGUCUGUGGAAGUGGCCUACAGUACCGCUCGCGUUCGAUAACGAAACGUGCCAGUUGCGGUGGCAGCUCUUGCCCUAGUACUACAGACGCAAAGUCGUGCUUUGAAAAACGAGUAGUGCCAUGUCAGGUGUCCGGAUGGUCUGAGUGGACCGCGUGCAGCAAUCUGUGUGGAAAGGGAUCUCAAAUUCGCUCUCGACUUGUGACUGUAAAAGCAAAGUGUGGUGGAUCAUGCCCGAGUCUUUCCGAAACACGUUCCUGCACGUCCAUUGCAUCCAGCAGAAACUGCAACGUAAACUCUUGGAGUAAAUUCGGUUCCUGCACGCAAAACUGUGGAGUAGGAAGGCAGUAUCGAUACAGAACUGUUUCUCAACCACAUGCAUGUACCGGUAGACCAUGUCCCGUGCUCACUGACAGUCAAACCUGCGGUCAGACAAAUGGCGGAUGUCAACAGUUGUGUUCGAGCGGCAUGUGCUCUUGUCAUAGCGGCUAUCUUCUCAGUUUUGACAAGAAAACGUGUCAACCGCGUUCGUGUGGAACGCCUUCGAUCAAAUAUUGUCCUAGUGGUACCACGUACGGCACGACAUGCAAGUAUCCAGCGUUUUCUUGCAGUGCUCAUACUUACCAGAAGGCUUGUAACGUCAGUUGUGCGACGGGAUAUGAACUCAAAGAUGGACCGUCAACGAUCAUUUGUUUAUCGUCUGGGACUUGGACUACGCAUAAAACAGCCUACUGUCGUAGGAAAAACGAGCCUCCUUCUAAAGUGUCUCUCUCAAGCAACACAGUGAACGAGAAUGUCGCUGUGGGAACAGUUGUCGGCACCCUAGCGACGUCUGAUCCCAAUCCGACAGACAGCCAUGUCUACGCACUGCUGGUCGACGCUGGCAGCAAAUUCACGCUUCGUGGCAACAUACUCAAGAUUUCCUUUUCGCCAGAUUACGAAACACAGCCUCACCUGUAUUCUAUUAAGGUGCGGAGUACUGACAAAGGAGGUCUGUAUCAUAAUGAGACAUUUACUGUUUCUGUCAACAAUUUGAAUGAAGCUCCAGAAAAAGUCACGUUAUCAAAGUCAAGUGUUAAUGAAAAUGUUGCCAAAGGCACCUUCAUCGGAUCACUGACAACCGUUGAUCCAGAAUCAUCUCAAACACACACGUACAAACUGAUGGAUUCUGCUGGUGGUCGUUUUGUUCUUAGUGGUAGAGAUGUUAAGGUCGCUGUUACUAAUUCUCGAUGUUUGGCUGAGGGUGGUAGGCAAUGUUUGCUAAACUAUGAAGCAAGCAGCAGUCAUAACAUUGUUGUUCGAAGCACGGAUAAUGGAAAACCUCAAUUAUACAAAGACUUUACUCUUACUAUAACUGUUGGUGAUGUCAACGAUCAGCCUCGAAAUCUUUACCUUUCAGGAUACACGUUACAGGAAGACAAACCAGCUGGCACCGUCAUUGGUAAAUUGUCAUCUACAGAUGAGGAUUGGGGGCAGACAUUGACGUACACACUUACUGAUAAUGCUACAGGCCGAUUUGCGAUAAGUAAAACCAAUCAAGUGGUUCGUAAGACAUCAUCCGGUAUUGACUAUGAGACAACAAGCAGUUACAAAAUUACUGUUGUUGUUACAGACAGUGGAAAGCCACCAUUGAAGCUCUCCAAGGUGUUCACAAUAGAGGUAUUGAAUGUGAAUGAGGCACCUGUUUCUAUUGACUUUACGUCAGUUGGUGGUCAAUUGUCAUUUUCUGACAACAAGCCUCGUGUCAAAGAGAAUUCCAUCAAGGGCACAGUUGUAGGCACACUGGAAGCUCACGAUGCUGAUGCCACUCAAACGCUCACGUUCAAACUUGAUGAUACUGCUGGUGGUCGAUUUUCUGUAGAUGCAAAGAAAGUAACUUGCACUACCGGUACAAAAGUGAAUGCUCAUACAAAAUGCACAGUUGUUGUCAUUGUUGCCGGCACACUAAAUCACGAACAGGAUGCUUUACAUACUAUCGUGAUUCGAGUGACUGACCAGCAUGGCCUAUUUCAGACCAGCAAGAUACCAGUGACAGUCGUAGAUGUCAAUGAUCGGCCCAGGGAUAUUGUAUUUUCUGGGAAACAGCUCUCAAUAGAAGAGAACAAGAACAACGCACUAAUCGGAGUGUUCAGUUCAACUGAUGAUGAUCCUGCUAAUACCCACAAAUAUUCGUUAGUCAAUUCAUCUGGUGGACGGUUUGUAAUAUCAGGCAGCAAGCUGUUGACUGCUACCAAUGCUAAUCUUAACUACGAGGCGACAGGUCAACUUAGCAUUGUUGUACGGUCAACAGACACCGGUACACCUCCUCUCUCUGUUGACAAGGCUUUUACAGUGCAGGUAACGGAUGUCAAUGAGGCACCUACUCGUGUGUGGCUGUCAUCGACGAAAGUGGAUGAAAACAGUGGCAUGGAUACAACAAUAGGAAGUCUACAGACAGCUGAUCCGGAUAGUGAGAGACGAAGACAAAUCAAGACUCGUGUUCAGACGCACUCGUAUACUCUACUAGACAGUGCACAGGGUCGAUUCAAACUUGAAAAGGGAAUUUUGAAGGUGGCUGUAAGCAACACUAAAUGCUUGGCAUUUGGAGGCACAGAAUGUAAACUGAACUAUGAGAAGUCGAAGACUUAUCGAUUGGUUGUUCGCUCAACCGACAGUGGAGCUCCACCACUGCAAAAGGACUCUGUUGUCACUGUUUUUCUCAAUGACGUCAAUGACAAGCCUCGCAGUCUGACUAUUGACAAUUUCAAAGUAAAAGAGAACAGUCCCAAGGGCACUCUUGUUGGGCGUUUGAAUGCAUCUGAUGAAGAUAGUGGACAGAAGCUGACGUAUACCCUCACUAAUAGUGACAACAGCAAAUUCUACUUGAAAGACAAUCAGUUGUUGAAAGCCUCAUCUGCUGAUUAUGAAACUAAAGCCAAACAUUUGGUGACUGUAAAAGUGACAGACAAUGGCAAAUCUCCUCUUUGGAUAUCUAAGGAAUUUGUAAUUGAAGUUUUGAAUGUCAAUGAACCUCCUGUUUCAAUAGUUUUUAAAGAUACUAACAGCAAACAGACAUUUACCGACAACUUUCCUAAAGUGAAUGAGAAUGAGGCUGCCGGCACAUUAAUUGGGACUGUUGAAGGUCAUGAUGAAGAUACGAACCAGAAGUUGACAAUGACACUGGAUGAUGAUGGUGGUGGUCGUUUCAGCAUAUCUAGUGCGUCUGCAGUUGUCUGCAGUUCCACUAGCAAAAUUACGGGAGUCAACACAGUAUGCAGUGCUAAGAUAUACGUGGCUGGUACCUUGAACCAUGAAGUUACAAAUCGUCACACUAUCAUUGUACGUGCUACAGACACUGGAGGCCUCUUUGUUGCAACAAAGUUUACUAUCUCUGUCCUGGAUGUUAAUGAUCCUCCUCGAGACAUUCAGUUGGCCUCAGGUAAUCCACAAGUUCGUGAAAAUGACAACAAUGGUGUUGUUGGUGAGCUGAUUACCACAGACGAUGACACAACUCAAACUCACGCGUACAAGUUACUGGAUGGUGCAGCUGGUUGCUUUGUCAUUGUUGGUCGAGAGGUGAAAGUCUCAGCUAAGGCCAUUCUGAACUACGAGACUGCACAGCAGUACACAAUACGUGUUAUGUCAACAGACAGUGGCACACCUCCUCUCUCAAAAACCAAGUCAUUUACCAUCAAAAUUCUUGACGUUAAUGAAAAGCCAACGUCUGUUUACAUUAGUAGUGAUUUGGUGAAAGAGAAUAGUCCAAUCAAUACAGUUGUUGGCUCACUUACAACAUCAGACCCAGAUAAUUUACACAAAGCUCGGCAGACAUUUUCAUACCGGAUUGUAGACAGUGCUAAUGGUAGAUUUAAGGUGGAUGGUGAUGUAGUGAAGGUUAAUGUUCCAAACACUCGAUGUUUGGCUUUGGGUGGCAACAAUUGUGUUCUGAACUUUGAGAACAAAGAUCAACAUGUGAUCACUGUUCGUGCAACUGAUAACGGCUCUACACCUUUGUAUGUGGAUUAUCCGAUUACCAUACACGUUCAGGAUGUAAAUGAUCAACCACGCAGUCUGGACCUCUCACACAAUAAAGUGCUAGAGAACAUGCCUGCCGGUACUGUUGUCGGUAACUUGUCUUCUACAGAUGAAGACAGCAGGCAAACGACAACUUAUACUCUGACUGAUGAUGAUAAUGGCAUGUUCAAGAUUUUUAAUGAUGAGCUGCAGAAAGCCACGUCGGCUAACUAUGAAACAAUGAAGGCACACUCUGUUGUUGUUAUGGCUGUAGAUGAUGGAAGUCCACCUCUACAGGUUAGUAAACGCUUUACCAUAGGAGUCCUGAAUGUCAAUGAGGCACCCAUCAGCAUCAGUUUCACAGACACUGAUGGACAACUUUCAUUCAGUGAUAAUGUACCUUGUGUGCAAGAGAACUCUCCUAAAGCGACUAUUGUUGGGACAAUUGAAGCACUUGAUUAUGAUGCAAAUGAGACUCUUGUCUUUCGACUCGAUGAUGAUUCUAAUGGCAUGUUUGCUCUCAGAGAUUCUGCAGACCUCUAUUGCAAGACAUUGCAGAAUAAUAAGGGCAUAAAUACCUACUGUUCCACAACUGUAUUGGUUGUGGGCCCGCUUAAUUAUGAAGGCAAGGAGAAGCACUAUGUAGAAAUUCGAGUCUCUGAUAAGGAAGGUCUUUUCCACGUUCAACGAUUCAAAAUAGACAUUAUUGACAUUAAUGACGUUCCACAUGACGUUGAAUUGAAUGGAAGAAAAAUCAAAGAAAAUUUUAAUGAUGUCGUGAUUGGUCAGUUUACAACCAAAGAUCAAGAUGCCACUGACAGUCACAUCUACACAUUAGUGGAUAAUGCUGGUGGUCGCUUUGUGAUAAAGAACGAUCGACUUUUUACAUCACAGACUGCUAACUUGGACUAUGAGUCCCAAUUGGAGUACAACAUUACUGUACAAUCUAAUGAUGAUGGCAUACCACCACUGUUUGUUGAUGAAACCUAUGUAAUUAUGGUGCUUGAUGCGAAUGAACCACCGUCGCUUAUUGAGAUCAGCAACUUACAGAUUCGUGAAAACUCUCCAAGUGAGACUGUGGUUGGCUUGUUGAUAGUAUCCGAUCCCGACAACUGUGGACCUAAGGGUGUGUGGCAAACCCAUAACUGCUCUACUAGACAAACCUCAGAUGGCCGGUUCACCAUAGACAACAACGUUGUGAAGGUUGCCAAGUCAGACAUCAACUAUGAGUCAAAUAGUUCUUUGUCAAUUGUGGUACACUGUGUCGACACUGGGAGUCCACAGCAAUAUCGAGAUGAGCUGCUUGUUAUUAGUGUUGUGGAUGUCAACGAAAAUCCUAUCAGUUUGACAAUGACAGGAGGCGUGAUUGCCGAGAACUCAUCGCCACAAGCCUUGGCUUCAUUUACUACCACAGACCCGGAUAAUGAAUUUACUCUUCGCCAGAACUUUACGUACACUUUGUUGACUGCUCAACCCAGUUUCCCGUUUGUGAUCAAUGGGAAUGUGUUGGAGACAGUUCGGAGACUUAACUACGAGGCACAACAGUCGUGGCAACUGACAGUUCACACGACAGACAAUGGUGGUCUCUCAAUAUCAGAAGCGUUUCAGGUAAAUGUAACAGACGUCAAUGACCCACCUUCAGCCAUUAACGUGGCAGGUACAGUGUCCGUACCAGAGAACAGCAUGGCAGCCACGUUUGCUGGACAGCUACAGACCAUGGACGACGAUUACGGACAGAGUCAUGUAUACAGAAUCGAAGCAGUUUCUGCAGGGCUCGAUAUGCAGCGCGUUAGCGCAGACUUGCUGUCCGUUUUCAGUCUCAAUGCAGCAAACGGAGAACUGGCAGUUGGCGCAAAGGAAUUGUUGGAUUAUGAAGCAAUUUCUGCGUACACGAUACAAAUUGUUAGCACAGAUUCAGGUACACCACCGUACUCAUUGUCCGGAACGGUUACAGUCAAUGUCUUGGAUGUCAACGAGGCACCUAGCAACGUUACUCUGAGUGGAAACGAGAUUGUUGAGGGAAGCAUCGUCAAUAGUACGGUUGGUCAUCUGACUGUCAGUGAUCCGGACAACGAGCUGGGAUUAAUCCAGACACAUCGUUGCGUUGUACUCGACUCAGACCAUCAGCCAUUUAAGGUUAUAGACAACCGCACUCUUGUUGUAAGCCAAGCAACUUUAAAUUAUGAACAAGAAGAGUUUUACUAUCUUGGGGUUCGAUGCUAUGAUGAUGGUCAUCCUCAAAUGUAUGUCGAGGCAUCGUUUACAAUUCAAGUGCUCAAUACGAACGAGGCCCCAUCUCAGGUUGGUCUAACAUCUUACACCAUUGAUGAAAACAAGGAUCCCGGCUUUUUGGUUGGCAUAGCAAUGAGCAUAGAUCCAGACAAUGAACAGAGUUGGGUACAGAAUGUGACUUUUAGGAUCGAAGAAGGCGCUCUCGUGCCAUUCGCAAUGAUCAAUGACACUGACAUUGUGUCAAUGAUUUCGUUCGAUUUUGAGAAUCAAUCACGGUAUGUGUUCCACUUGAUGGCAAUCGACGACGGCCUACCUCCUCAACACACAAGCCAAAAAAUUGAAAUACACAUUAUUGAUAUUAAUGAUCAACCCAGAUAUGUUGGCCUCAACAGUAGCGGUGUGGAUGAGAACUCUCCUGACGGUACCGUUGUCGGAAAUCUCUACACGAUCGAUGAAGACCGAUUUCAGUCGCAUGUUUACAGCAUCAUCCCACAAUAUGGAGUCUCAGGUCUGUUUGCAAUUAACGGUGAUCAGCUCGUGGUUGCGAGUGGUACCAAUUUGGACCAUGAGGAGGAGACAACACACUCUAUAGUAAUCAUGACCACUGACAACGGUUCUCCUCAACUGACUUAUCAGCGCGACGUCGUCGUGUUCGUCUUGGAUGUGAACGAGCCGCCGUCAAGAAUCGUAAUGCACAACAGAGACGAGAUUGAAGAAAACAGUCCGGCCGGCACGUGGGUCGCCAAUCUGAGGGUCGUCGACAAAGACCUCGAGCAGACGCAUCACUGCAAGCUGCUCAACGGCUCGCAGUACUUUACUCUCGUCGCCUACAACGACACAGUACAGGAAAUACACGUGUCUCCUGAUGCGAACAUCGACUACGAAACGGAAGGGAACAUUUGGAUCAACGUCGAGUGCGUCGACUCCGGCUCUCCGCCGCUUGCCGUCGCGCAGUCUCUUGAUAUUCGAGUGCUCGACGUCAACGACCCGAUUACGGCUAUCGUGCUGACGGGGUCAAUGACGGUGCGCGAAGACGUUCCCGUCGACACGCCGAUCUCCGACGUGUCGGUGGUCGACGAAGACGUCGGACAGACGCACACGUACGUCGUGGUCGGCGACAUGUCGUUCGGUUUUACGGUCGAUAAUUCGCGCCGUCGGCUCGUCGUCACUCGUCCGCUCGUGUUGGACUUCGAGAGCCUCGACAAUCCGUACGUUAACGUUACCGUUGCGGUAGCCGACGACGGCAACCCGCCGUCGACGUACAAUCAGACAUUUACCAUCACUGUCAUUAAUAUAAAUGAACCCCCGGUUAUUGUGGUGGACACUCUUGGUGUAUACGAGAACGCAUCGAGAGGGGACCUGAUCGCAGAGUUGAGCUCGAGCAAUCCGGAAGAAGAUCAGACGAUCACUUACCGCAUUCUAGACGUCGACGGUUUUGCCAACUUUACUGAGUUUUACAUACGCGACGUCGCGUAUCUUUACCUGAACGACAGCAUCAGCUACGAGUCUCGGUCAUCAUAUUUGUUGGAAAUCGAAGCGACGGAUAACGGAAACCCUCCGGCGGCGUCGUCGACGUCGAUCACCGUCGACGUUCUCCGCACGGAUCCGUGCGCCGUCGGCACCGCCGACUGCGACGAAAACGCUCUCUGCCGCCGACUGUCGUCUAGUGUGAGUCGCUGCGAAUGUGUCGUCGGAUACAGCGGAGACGGCCGGACGUGUAGCAAUAUCGACGAGUGCGCUGCCGCGCCGCUGGCGUUAGUUGCCGCUUCCGUGUGCAACUACGGCGACUGUACGGACGGGAUUGCCAACUACUCGUGCGCUUGCCUGCCUGGAUACACCAACUUCGACUGCAGUCGUGAGAUCGACGAGUGCGCGUCAAGUCCGUGCAUCGGAGGAGAGUGUGUCGACGUCGUGAACGGUUACGCUUGCGUGUGCGAUGACGGAUACACUGGCGUUGCGUGUGACGUCAACGUCGACGACUGCGCAGCCGUGCUGUGCGGCGGCGGUACUUGUGUGGACGGUAUCGCCGACUACAAGUGCGAGUGCCCGGAUUAUUGGGUUGGUGAUCGAUGUUCGUUUCCGCUCGACGUGUGCAAGCAACCAGGCGUGUGUCAACAGAAGAACUGCAUUCCUAAGUCGGUUAAUGCUUUAGUUAUUGAGAAGAAAGAUGUCGGACAGGAUCCAUCUGGUCCGCCGGCUGCACUUCAACCCGUCACAAUUGCCAAUGUGGGUAACAAUGGCGGUGACGACGACCAUCAAAGCGGUGACACUCCGUAUGUGUGCGUGGCAGACGAUACCAUCGUCACGAUUCUGUUUCCUCCCGAAGUGAAUGCGAACAGCCCGUCGUUCAAGACGAAAUGGGAACGCUAUUUGUUGAACGAUCUGUAUAUCAACAUACCAACAGACAACGGCGGCCAUAUUGGGAACUACCAUGUUCCCGUCUCUUCCGUCUAUAUCACAAGCGUUUCUACGCAGUCGGACGGCAGCACGGCCGUUCACUUUGUGGUGAUGAUCAACAACAAAGCGGUUGGUCCCUAUAGUGUGAUCGAGGGCUUGAACCAGAAUUGUCUUCACUCGACAUCAUUGGAUCACAACGAUCUGAUUUGCGCUGCUGUGGAAAAGUCCGCAAAUGAUCCGAAUCACCAACCCCCGCCUAUUCAUUGUCUUGAUUGUCUGAACGCGGCACCAGCAGAUAGCAGCAAGAAUACUAGCUUGAUGGAUUUCAUCUGGCCUGUCGUGUUUUGUGUACUAGUCAUUGCUGGGCUUGUAGGUUUGCUGCUUUAUUGCCUACACAAAAGAAGGAAGAACUUGAGGCAGAUUAGAGCGAAAGACAAAAACGAAGUCUCUAAACAAAAUGAACCCUUGUCGGGUGUUUAUGUAAACAAUUUGUUCGAACUUGACAUUGAUGAUGAUGAUGUAGGAACACACAGUAAAUCAGCAUAUCAAAGUACAGAUGUUGAUGUGUUGCAAUGAUGAUGGAGUGAUUUUAAAUCAGAUCUGCCAAUCAGGGACCACUAUGAUAAUUCUAAUGAUCUUUGUUGUUAGGGUACGUACGUGUACCAGUAUGUGUGAACUUGUCUAUCUUGCGUUGUGCUUUUGUGUAUGUUUUGAGUUCUGACUCUUUUGUAAAUGUACAAUGUCUUGAUUUUUGUUCAGAAUUUUUAUAUAUCAAAUUUUUUGCGUUGAUUUACAAUUUAUUGACAUAGCCUGACAGAUUUGUGCGUGUUUUCCACGCUCAGCAAACAUUAUGUGCUUAACUACAGACAAAUGUCAUGAUCA